AACUCUCUCUCUCUCUCUCUCUCUCUCUAUUGACCUCCAUUUUACCAAAAACAAAAUAAGAGAAGCAAGGGAGGAGAGAAACAGCAGCCAGCUAUCAGUCAUCAGCCAUGUCAACAUUCAACUACUAAAAAACCCAUCUUUACUUUAACGCUCUGAUCUACUCUCUUUAUUAUUAUUAUUAUUAUUAUUAUUAUUCAUAAUAGUUUUGCGUGUAGAUUUCUGGGUAUGAUUUUCUGGUUCAAGAAUCUUCCAGUGAAGGCUUAUCUUUUGUUUAGUUUGGUGAUUACUUCCAUUAAUUAAUCUCCUAAUUUAAGUUGUUGAGCUCUCAUUUUCUCGUCAGGUCGUUAGUUCCCAUUUUGUUUGUUUGACUCCAGUUCAAGCAACCUCUUUCCUGUCGACCCUUUUGCUUGCUAUCUAAUGGGGUGUUUUGUUUCUAUCUGCUUUUCUAUUAUUCAAGACUGGUCCUUUUUGGAAACCAAUUGGAGCUAAAUCCAGGUCUUGCUGCUCCUCGAGCUGGUGGGUGGUGAAAGGGGGCUGUUUUGUUGAUAUGGUUGACUGUGAGAAUUUGGGUUUUUUGAAUGUUCACAGGAGGAGACGGUUAGGGUUUGUUUUUCGGCUUGUGUUUGGGUUAUGGUUUGGGUUUGUGGUUUUACGUCCUGUGGCGGGUCUCAGACCCUUGAAGGAACGGAAUCGGUCGUGGGGCGAUGAGUGGCUAUUUAUUAGAAAAGAUGAAAAUGAUUUGGGUCCAUUUUCUGUAUGGAACAUAACUGGAACUUACCGAGGGACUUGGAAAUCCCUAGAUUCUACAAAUGGCUCUUCCAGGUUUCCAGAUUUCAGGAAAUCCACCGGAGAAUCUGUCAUUGAAUUAGUCAGCACACCAACAAAAAUAACUGGCGUACAUUAUGUCCAGGGUGUUAUUAUUUUCCAUGAUGUGUUUGACAAUACACAUAAUGUUGGUGGUGCUCAAAUCAGGGUGGAAGGUGUUUAUAUAUGGCCCUUUAGACAACUUCGAAUGGUGGCUAACAGUGGGAAAGAGGGGGAGUUGAGCCAAGAAGAAGAUUAUAUUUUAUCCAACCCGUAUCAUUUGCUUGGAGUUUUCUCAUCUCAAGUGUUCCAAGAAUCUACAAGAGAUAAAAUAUGGAGGAGAAAAAAUUCACCCAUUUAUGAGAUGGAGAAACAUUGUAAUAUUGAAAUUGCAGCCCAAAUCAAUCGUGUCUCUUCCAGCCAAAAUGAUGGAGACCGUGAUCGUUAUCACAUGGAAGGGUUAAUGGAGAGUCCUGCUGUGGAUGAUGAUGGGGACUGCUUCUCACCUUUACUACUAAAUGCUACUUCUGUCAACAUUGAAGUAUACUAUAAUAAAGCAGUGAACUAUACCUUGAUGGUCACUUUUGUCUCUUUCCUCCAAGUUCUUCUGUUGAUCCGACAAAUGGAACAUAGCAACACUCAAUCAGGAGCUGCCAAAGUUUCAAUAUUAAUGAUUGGGCAGCAGGCUAUCAUGGAUGCUUAUCUUUGCCUUUUACAUUUGACAGCAGGAAUAUUAGUUGAAUCCUUAUUUAAUGCUUUUGCAACUGCUGCAUUUUUCAAAUUUGUAGUCUUCUCAAUUUUUGAGAUGAGAUAUCUUCUUGCUAUCUGGAAAGCAAGCAGGCCCAUGAAUAGUGGGGAGGGUUGGGAGACAAUGAGGCGCGAGCUCUCAGUUCUAUAUAGUCGUUUUUAUGGGAUCCUUUUGGGAGGCAUUCUGGUCAUGUAUGAGUUCCAUAAUUUUCUGCGACCAAUUCUGCUCUUGAUGUACUCCUUUUGGAUACCUCAAAUAAUCACUAAUAUUAUUCGUGAUUCAAGAAAAUCUUUGCACCCACAUUAUAUCGUAGGCAUGACCAUUACUCGGCUAGCAGUCCCAUUAUAUAUAUUUGGAUGCCCUAAGAACUUCAUGCGCAUUGAGCCUGACAAGACUUGGUGUAUGUGUUUGAGUAUAUUUAUCGGACUUCAAGCAUCAGUUCUUCUUCUUCAACACUAUCUUGGGUCUCGGUGGUUCAUUCCUCGACAGAUCCUGCCUGAGAAAUAUAGCUACUAUAGAAGGUUUGACCAGGAUACAAAUCAGGCCACAGACUGUGUUAUUUGCAUGACUGCAAUUGAUCUCACUCAGCGUUCUAAUGAUUGCAUGGUGACUCCAUGUGAUCAUUUUUUUCAUUCUGGUUGUCUACAAAGGUGGAUGGAUAUCAAAAUGGAAUGCCCAACUUGCCGGCGACCACUGCCACCAGCUUAGGGAGAUUAUUCCACUUCCAUUUAUAUUACAUAGGAUUGAUUGGCACUUCCCAACUGUUAAUUCAGGUUGGGAAAAGAACCCCUAUAUUUGGUUGGGUACAUCUUCAGAAGAUAGUUGAGAUAGAGGCAUAAGCAACAUUGAACUUUACUGAUGCUGCAACAAAUUGUACUUGACAUCUCUUGUAGUAAUUGUAUAAUGUAUAUCUUUAGCACACUCAUGGAAAUUUCAGAAAUGCAAAUUAUUUUCAAUUUCA